UCUGGACCUGAAGAACAGUUAGAUGGGACAGUGAGAGAUGGUUUUGAGGUUGAUCUUCAGUCAGCAGCAACUGUGGACGAUUCUAACAUUCUGCCAGCUAUAUUCUGCGGUCAGCCGGCAUUCUGUAAUUGCCAGCAAUUGUGAAGGUGGGCAUGACCUGUUUGGCAAAGUCAAAGAGAACAGCCCGAUGGGAACUUUUAUUGCCAACCUCAGUUUCACCACACACCCAUCAUCCAAUCAUAUGCGCUUAAAACUUUCUGGAAAAGACGCUGAUUGGUUUUAUCUGGAGGGAAGAACCAUUAGACUGAACUCAUCGUCAACUAGGAUUAUUGAUAGAGAGAUUCACGGCUCCAUUUUAACAGCAACUGUAAGGUGUUACGAACAUAAAACCCUACAGGCUGAACACAGGAUCAUGGUAGAGGUUCUGAACGAGAACGACAACAAACCAGAGUUCCUACAAAGCUCAAUUCGUCCUCUGCAGCUCAGUGAGUUGACAGCGGUAAACUCUGUAGUGUUUACAGUCCAGGCCACAGAUGCUGAUGGAGACACACUCACAUAUUUCAUUGAUGAAACAUCACCUGAUGCCAGGUAUUUUCGAGUGGACUUACCCAACAGUGGCAAAGUGAUUCUCAACAAGUCACUGGACUAUGAGAUCAAAACUCAGCUCCGACUGACUAUUUAUGCAGUGGAGACGAACACAGAUGAGCACUACAACGCAACAGCAACAAUAAUCAUCAAUGUGACAGAUGGGGAUGACCAAUACCCACAAUUCCAGCCUUGCACUCUUCUCUCAGCCAAUCUAAGCAAGCGCAUAUGUGCCAGUCCUCUGUACACCGCCAACAUCACAGAGAACGAGCAGGACGUUGUCUUGGAUUUCUUUCCGGGUCCAAUUCAAGCAGUGGAUGGUGAUGAGGGUCUCAGAACGCCAGUAAAAUACACCAUCCUGUCAGGGGCAGAUAAUGGCAGAUUUGUCAUUGACAGCCAUUCUGGAGAGGUGAGGUUAACAAGAUGUGUGGAGAACAGACUGCUGAUCCCGACGCUGAGACUGCGUGUUAUGGCAGCUCAGACGGAUGACCCUCUGAAGUAUGCAGUAGCUACAGUUCUGGUGAGGGUCCUAGCAGAAAACAGGUUUCCACCGCAGUUUAACCGUUCAACGUACAGAGGCUUUGUCAGCGAAAGCACAAGUCCUGCCUCACUCGUCAUGACGUAUGCCAACAAAUUACUUAUCCUGGAGGCCACAGAUCAAGACUUCACUGGCGGCUUCAAUCCCAGACUGCAGUAUUCUCUAAACUCCCAACACAACAGUUCUCGGCUCUUUUACAUUACACAAGAAGGAUUGCUCAUCGCUAAAACCAGCUGGCUACACCCCGGCCACAAAUAUUUCCUAGAGGUUCUAGCCACUGACCUGGAAUCAGGAGAUAUUGUUAAAGCUGCAUUGCAUGUGGAAGUUCUUCAGAAAGGCCAACCAGUUCCACAGGGUCCUUUGGGGGUGGGGCAUGUGUAUAGCAGUGAGGCAGUGGGCAGGGCAGAGGGCGUGGCAGGGGUGUGUCUGAUCCUGCUGGCCAUUACCUUAUUUACACUGGUGCGGUGCAUACGGAUGAUCAGAGAGAAGCGGGAUCAUGUCACCUGGAGCAGUGUGGCUGACAGCAGACACCCUAAUGUGUGUCUGAGAUGGUUCCGGAUGAUGAACCAGAGCCGACCGAUGACCCUAGAGGAGGAAACAUUCUCAUAUCACAACGAGGCAUUCAGCGAGUAUGACUACUCCACCUCACCUUUUUACGGCAAACGGGGCAUCUACACCAAAAUAGAAGAACCACUGCCAUCAUCAUCUGUGAACUUACCAUCAAUUACCUUCAACAAAUCCUUACGGGAACCAAGACGCAAUUAUUUGGCACUGAGGCCUAAUGGGAAACCCGUGAACAGAUUCAACAAUAAAACAGUGACAUUUAACGACUACGUUGUGGUUCGGGAAUGUGACGAGGAGUUUGAAGAAAAUACGGAGACUACAUUCACAACAGAGGUGGAGAUUUGUACCGAUUUGGAAGAAAUAGAUUGUGAAUUAGUAAAUGAUGAUUCAGAUCUCCCAGAAGAAUUUGAAAUACAAUCACAAAGAAUCACUUUAUACUGUGAUGACAUACACACUGAGUCAGAAAUGCUCAACAGAGACUACGAGAUAAAUAUUACAGACCACACAGAAGUAAAAAUUGACUUGGAAGAUGCAGAUCCACUGGAAGUAAGGCACGAAAAAAUAGCUGGAAAACACAUAUUCAAGUCUGAUAUACAAAGAAUACGAAAACACUCAACUGAAAGUCAAGAAAGAGAUCAUACAGUAACACAAAACCCAGCAUCAGAAGAUGCUGCACAAGCAGAAUUCUCCAUUUUUCGAGAAGAGCCAUAUAUCAUUAAUCCUAAAGCCUUGAUUUCAAACGCUGACAAACCCGUCUAUUCAGAAAGCUUUACAUCAGAUGCUACCAGACAAUCGGAUUAUCUUAAUUUAGAUCCUCAAAUUUCAGUAGCUGAAAGUUCAUUACAAAACAUUCAUGAUGUAAGUAGCUUACAAACACAUCUAAGCAUAUUAACAUUUGAUUCAGAUCAGUACAAUGGAUCAGAACAAUGUCUGGAAGUAGAGGCUGACAACACUGCAAGCUCAAACACAUAUUAUGUUAACGAGGACAUUGCAACAAAUUUAGAUGACAGCAGUCCAGAAGAGGAGUCUGUAUCUAAUCUAGACACAAGUAGUCAACAUCUGAACUCUCUUCAAGACAUACAGAUUGAAUGUUACGACACAGACACAGAUGAAACUAAUGAUGGAAGAUGAUAUUAGGAGAUUGAUAAAAGCACCAACUGAGCCUUUGGAAAAUGGGAAAAGACUCAGAUAUAGCAUCUUCAGGGAAAUAGAGGAUUUGCACGUAUGUCACCAUUUGGUCAGUUACCCAGAUGCGCGGCCAUAUUGGCGAUACUCGGAUGUAAACAACAGCAUAGUACGGUUAAUGUACUACUGAAUACGUUGUACCGCUAAUUUACGCUGUCUUAACCACGGACAAAACGAGUGGAAGCUGCUAAAUCAUAUAAAGAAGGACUUUGUAAGCAGAAAAGGGCGCAAUAUUUUGACAAACUUAAGUUGAUAGGUAGUAAAGAUAUGAGAAGUAUCAAUUAAGGUAUUAGCCUAAUAUUUCACCCACCUGACCGGAAGUGAUAAGAACAAACACGAAUGUUGUCAAGAUUCUUGCUCUAGAAAUCCUGGUUCAGUUUGGCCAACCAUAAAUGCCUUUUGUUCCUGUUUUUUGCAGUCUUCUGCUUGAUUUGUUCACUUUUGGCAGUUUAUAGUAGUCCAAGUGUUUUUCCCGGUCCUACCGAUUAGUACAGCCCAAAACAUGACAAUAAUUGAUCAUUUUCAGUCAGCAGCAGUAAUUAGCAAAACAUGCCAGUUUCGUUUGGUUCAGCGGCAUUGUUUACGUUAAGUUUAGCCGAUUGAUGACGUGUCGUGAAAACACUAUACUUCGAGCUAUGGGCUUUAAACUAACUUCUAACAACAAGUUUUAAAGUUUUCCAGGUAAGCUGUUCUUCACUGAUGGUUUUCAGACAUCCUGUGCUCGUCCUGCAUUAUAUAAUGUGCAUUAUUGCACACUGACGUGCUUCCUUUGUAUUGAAAUUGCACUUUGCAUUGCAAAGUACCAUCUCAAAUAAAAUCUACUGAUGACAAACAAUAUGGUGUAGACAGUCUUCUAAAAUUUAACUUAUGUGGGACUUAAUGUCAAAGUAAUCGAAAAAAA